CUCCAGGGCUGGGAACCACAGCCCUGGUAUUUCCACCUCUUCCUGCUGUGGCCUCAGCCUAGCUCCUCCCUGCAUCCUCCUGCUGCCUUGUCCCAUAAAGUUGGCAUGGUUUUGGGGCCCCUGUCCACCCUGCCCCACCCUGGAAAACCCCAGGACAGGAUGUGCAACUCUGAUGACUCCAGAGGGAGCAGCAUUUGACAGGAGACUUGGGUUAGUGCCUGUGCCCUACCCACGCUGUCUCCUUGAGGUUCAAGGACAGUCCUUGGAGGGCCAGGUAGGGCAGACAGGACUGUGUCUCCUGCCUCAGGUGUGCCGUACCCCUCCACCUCCCAGCCUCCCCCCUGGGCUCAGGCCCUGGUCAUGUGCUCCUGACCCCCCAAUUAGCUACUGUACUGAUGAGACCAUCCUACAUGGGGGAGCCACUGUGUGUGUGCUCAGUCCCUUUGCCGGGCAGGAGACGGGAAAGCCGAAGGGCUCACGGAGUCCCGUUGCAUGCGCACCAUUGAUGGGUUAGGUGGGGGUGAGCGCUGUCUAGUGGCUCAGGCCUCAGGGGGCCAGGGUGGUGGGUGCCGCAGGGGAGGAGGCACAGGCUGUCUUGUCAGCACCGCCUUUGGCACGGAGUCAGAGAAGCCCAGCUCUGGGACUGGUGGCUGGCAGUGCAGGGCGCUGGCUGUCUGCCUAGCCCCCGCCCUAGGCGCGGGACUGGCCGUGGAACAGGAACUGCCGGCACUCGGCCGGAGAUUUAAUAUUUGCAGGCGCGGCAGGGACGCACAGGCUCCACGGACGCACGGGCACCGGGCCCCUAUCGCUGCCCCAUGCGGAGCCCCUGCUUUGUCUCGCGGUGGCCGCCACCGAUGCUGCUCCUGCUGCUGUCGCCGUGGCCAGUCUGGUCCCAGUGGUCCGCCACGGCCACCUCCUCGGGAACCCCCGGCCUCCCGCACUGCCCCGAGGCGUGCGCGUGCGCGCCUGGCGGCCAGGCCAACUGCUCGGGGCGCGCUCUGCCUGCCGUGCCCGCGGGCCUGAGCCGGGGCUUGCGCGCGCUGUUAUUAGACCAUAACCGUGUGCGCGCGCUGCCGCCCGGCGCCUUCGCGGGCGCUGACACGCUGCUGCGCCUGGACCUGCGCGAGAAUGGGCUGCGCUGGGUGCACGCGCGGGCCUUCUGGAGCUUGGGCGCCUUGCAGCAGCUCGACCUCAGCGCCAACCAGCUGGAAGCACUGGCGCCCGGCACCUUCUCGCCCCUGAGCGCACUGCGCUCCCUCUCGCUGGCCGGCAAUCGGCUGGCGCGCCUAGAGUCAGCGGCGCUGGGCGUGCUCCCGCUGCUGAACGCGCUUGACCUGCGGGACAACGAGCUGGCGGCGCUGGCACCGGGCCUCCUGGCCGGCCUGCCCGCCCUGCACGCGCUGCACCUGCGAGGCAACCCCUGGGCCUGCGGCUGCGCGUUGCGCCCGCUCUGCUCCUGGCUGCGCAGGCACCCGAGGCCGGCGCCAGAGGCCGAGACGCUGCUCUGCGUGUUGCCAGGGCGCCUGACGCUCAGCCCCUUGACUGCCUUCUCGGACGCCGCCUUCAGCCACUGCGCGCAGCCGCUUGCUCCGAGGGACCUGGCCGUGGUCUACGCGCUCGGGCCAGUCUCCUUCCUCGCCAGCCUGGCCGCCUGCCUGGCGCUGGGCUCCAUGCUCACCGCCUGCCGCACGCGGCGCCACUGCGCUACUGCCCUGGGCUGGCUGAAGGGCCCGCGGGACCCCGGCCCUGGGAGCCCCAACGCCUAGGCUCAGCCCUGAGCGGCCCUGGGCUGCUGUCCAGGCCUCCCCUCCUCCGUCCCCCGCCCUCCUUCACAGCCCCUGCAGGCGUCAACAACGACACAGAAAUUUUCGCGA